GCGUUUGUAAUGAGCAGAGAUUUGCAGCUGUUCGGAUCGGCGCCUCGCAGACAUGGCUACAGGGCAGCAGUUGGCUUUAUUCAGUGUCUCAGACAAGACCGGCCUGGUGGAAUUUGCAAAAUGUCUCAGUUCUCUGGGUUUGGCCUUAGUUGCCUCUGGAGGAACAGCUAAAGCUCUUCGGGAUGCAGGCCUGAAUGUCAGAGAUGUUUCUGAUCUUACUGGCUUUCCAGAAAUGUUGGGAGGGCGCGUGAAGACACUUCAUCCUGCAGUACAUGCAGGUAUACUGGCUCGAGACAUUCCACAAGAUAAAGCUGACAUGGAUAAACUGGAUUUCAGCCUUGUGAGAGUUGUGGUUUGCAAUCUCUACCCCUUUGUCAAGACUGUAGCAUCUCCAAAUGUAACCGUCCAAGAAGCAGUUGAACAGAUUGACAUUGGCGGUGUAGCUUUACUAAGGGCAGCUGCGAAGAACCACACGCGUGUGACUGUUGUAUGUGAUCCUGGUGACUACACAGUUGUAGCAAAGGAAAUGAAAGGUUUCAGUAAUAAAGAUACCACUUUGGAAACCCGGCGCCAGUUGGCACUAAAGGCUUUUACACAUACUGCUCAGUAUGACAUGGCCAUUUCGGAUUACUUCAGGAAAGAGUACAGCAAAGGAGUGUCUCAACUUCCCCUGAGGUAUGGCAUGAAUCCACACCAGACUCCUGCUCAACUUUACACCCUGAGGCCUAAACUUCCUCUUUCAGUUCUGAAUGGCUCCCCGGGGUUUAUAAAUCUGUGUGAUGCUCUGAAUGCCUGGCAGUUGGUCAAGGAGCUCAAGCAGGCCUUAGGCAUUCCAGCCGCAACCUCCUUCAAGCAUGUUAGCCCAGCAGGUGCUGCUGUUGGAGUACCACUCACUGAAGAAGAUGCUCAAGUUUGUAUGGUACAUGACCUUCACAAGACCCUGACACCAUUGGCAGCUGCAUAUGCUCGGGCAAGAGGAGCUGAUAGGAUGUCAUCGUUUGGAGACUUCAUUGCUCUCUCUGAUACAUGUGAUGUCCCCACGGCAAAGAUCAUUUCCAGAGAGGUAUCUGAUGGAAUUGUGGCUCCUGGCUACGAUGAAGAAGCCCUCAAAAUCCUGUCCAGAAAGAAAAAUGGGAGCUACUGUGUGCUCCAGAUGGACGCAGCUUAUGAGCCAGAUGAAAAUGAAAUCCGCACUCUCUUUGGAUUGCAUCUAAUGCAGAAGAGGAAUGAUGGCGUGAUUGACCGCCCCCUGUUCAAAAACAUUGUUACUAAAACUAAAAAUCUGCCUGAGUCGGCUAUCCGUGAUCUGAUUGUUGCCAGCAUUGCUGUUAAAUACACUCAGUCUAAUUCUGUUUGCUAUGCCAAGGAUGGGCAGGUGGUUGGCAUUGGGGCAGGGCAGCAGUCCCGAAUACACUGCACCCGCCUGGCAGGAGACAAGGCAAACCAUUGGUGGCUCAGACAUCACCCAGGAGUCCUUUCCAUGAAAUUCAAAGCUGGAGUGAAAAGAUCUGAAAUCUCCAACGCCAUCGAUCAGUAUGUCACUGGGACCAUUGGUGAGGCGGAUGAUCUCGUCAAGUGGAAGGCACUGUUUGAGGAAGUCCCUGCUCUUCUAACUGAGGGAGAGAAGAAGGCCUGGAUUGGGAAGCUGAAUGGAGUCUCCCUCAGCUCUGAUGCAUUCUUCCCUUUCAGGGAUAAUGUGGAUAGAGCGAAACGGAGUGGAGUCCAGUUCAUUGCCGCCCCUUCUGGAUCAGCUGCUGACCAAGUUGUGAUUGAAGCAUGUGAUGAGCUGGGAAUAACUCUUAUUCAUACCAACCUCCGUCUGUUCCACCACUGAUAUCUCCAAAGGCCCAGGGGACCAUUCCUCUUUGCCAGUCUGUAGAUUUGUCCCUAAUGGUUGUUCUAAAAAACAAACGGGAAUGCAUAUUUUCCUAUAAUCAUUGAUUUCCUGAAAACACUCAUUGCUUGGACUAUUAAACCAACUAAAGUAGUUAA